AUGUGUGUGUGUGUGUGUGGCGGAGGGGAGACACGCCGAGGAAAAGUGAAAGCGAAAGAGCGAGUGCGCCCGGCUGCCCGUGUCGGCGGCUUCUGCGUGCGCUCCCGGGCAGCGGGCACCGCGGGCACCGCGGGCACCCCGGGCACCGCGCCUCCAUGCCCGGCCCCGGCCCCGGCCCCGGCCCCGGCCCAGCUCGCUGAGCACCUGCCCGGGGCUGGCCCAGGAGCCCCGCGGCGGCCCAUGGCAUGCCGGCUGCCCCUGGGCUGCGGGGGGCGGACCCUUCGGCUGCCGCCGCCGCUGCCCCUGCUGCUGCUCCUGCUGGUCCUGCCGCCGCCGCUGCUGCCCCUGACCCUCACCCAACACCCUCAAGGGGCCCAAUCUGCUGCUGAUGCAGGAGUUACGUGCCCCACCCCUCAGCCAGUUAAGAAUGCCAACAUCCAGGUGAAAAAUCACCAAAUGAAAUCCAGGGAGCGCUACGUCUGCAGUACCGGCUUCAAGCGGAAAGCCGGGACCUCCAGCCUCAUCCAGUGUGUGUUCAACAAGUCGACGGGCACGGCUCACUGGACAAAUCCCAACAUCGAGUGCAUCCGCGAUCCCACCAUGGGCCACCUCAUGACAUCUUCACCCUUGGAAAUAACAUCCACGGCCAUGACGUCGGGGCCAGAGACCCCCACCUCGCCCAGAAAAGACUUCCCUGGAGAAUCAGAGACGUCCACACCACCCAACAAGCCAGAAAGCACGGCGGUUACCGAGGUGGUCCCAGUGCCGAAGUCAGCCUCCUGGCCACCAUCCACUUCCCCAACCUCUUCUGCACCGCCAGGGGCCACCUCGCAGCCAGGGCUCCCGCAGACUCCACCAGGAACACCAUCUACCACCAUCACCACCACCAUCACCACCACCAUCACCACCACCAUCACCACCACCAGAAACCGGGUCUCAACAGCCACAGCUCAGCCAACAUCACAGAUCAAGGCACAGACCUCCCCUGGCACCCACAGUGCAUCAGGGUUUCAGCAGUACGUGUCUGCCUCUGUCACAAGUCUGGUCAUGGUUGUAAUCCUGCUUGGUGGGGUAUUUUGGGCAUGUAAGCAGAGAUGCUCCUUCCCCAAAUUCCCGAGUGCCCCAGAGGGGAUUCCGAUGACUGAGGACCCCAACAACCAAGACGAAGAGGCCGAAGACCCCAGGCCCGACCCGUGACAUAAAGAGAAUCAAGGCUGUUCCCCAUCCCCUCCAAGCGCUGCUCUAACAGGACAAGGUGCAAUGGCCCCACGGGUUCGCAGAGGAAGAGAAGAGGCUCUCCAGGCCUACACACAGCUCCAACGUCAGGUGGCCAAGAUGCGGGGUCGAUUUCCCCCCAGCAAUGACUUAGUGGGCAGAGCAGCUGAGAAAAGCAUUGUAGGACGCUGCCAGGGAGUAGAGAGGGAGGGGAGCAGGAAACUUCACAUUCAGGGAACCAAGGCCCUUGCUGCCAUAUCAUGGUAUUCGGGGUGGGUGGACCCAGCCCAGCUGCCCCCCCACCCCACCCUCUUGCUAAUCUUUCUCCAGGUAUUUACUCAGAGGAUCAGCCUAGGGGCUGCUAAUGUGCUAGCAAAUCCCUUUCCUCCCUCCACCUACUGCCCAGAACCAGCUCUGAGGUGGUUCGUGGGUGGCACUGGUUGCUCUUGGGGCAUUUCAUUCCUUAAAGGCAUCGCUCCAGGGCGGGCCAGGCACCUGAGUGAGAGCCCGCUUGGGACCCCCAAGACUCAAGAACUCAGAAAGAAGCCCCACCCCCAACAACCCUUAUAUUUUAUAUAUUUUUAUACAUGCUUGUGUAAAUACAGAUUUAUACUUUUAAAGAAUGCUUUCUAUUGAGAAAAUAAAAAUUCUAUUUUCCAUA